AAAAUUUAUCAAAAAUAAAAACUUUCAAAAACAUUUUUUCUAUUCUAUUAAUAGAUUAUUAUUUUCAGAUGUUACGUUCGAAUUAACAAAUUUGUUGCAAAUGAAUUUGGCAGAACAAGCUAAAAAUGUACAACUGGUACUCACUCAGUGUGAAUUUUUACACCCAUCAUUGUUUAAGCCCGUAAAAAUACCAAGUGGUUGCGGAACUGACAAAAUUUCAACAUCGGAAAAAAGUGAUUAUAUAAAUUCUGAAAAGAAAGGUGUACAUAGUCAAGAAGUAGACGAACAAACAAAUAUAACCACUCCAACAGGAACAUCACCAUCUUCCCAAAAUGAGGUAAAGUACGUGCUAGAACAAAUUCUUGAAAAUGUUGUUAAAUUAGAAACAAACAAUCAGGAAUAUACAUCAAAAAAUAAUAUUCAAGAAAUGAGAUGUUUAUUAGAAGAUAUCCUUGAAAAAGUAAUAAUGUCUCCAAGGGAAAAACGUACAGAAGAAACCAUAUGCCAUAAAAUCAAUGAAAAUAUUUUUACCACAUCUGAAAAUUCUCUUCCGAUUCCAUUGAAUUCUGGCGAAAACAAAAGAAAUUUUCUAAGUAUGGAUCAAUAUUCACUAGGUGCUAAAGUUAAAACUUCAAGUCAAAAAAUGGACGUAAAACUUACCUGCAAUACUAUCACAGAAGAAGCGCACUUACAAGAAGUACCCAAUUUAAAGAUCAUGGAUGAAGUUCCUCGGAAAAGAACCAAAGAUCAAACCAAAUUCAAAUUUUCGAAAUCUCAAAAAAACGCGUUGAAAUUUCCACAAACACCUUUAUGUUAUUUAGAAGUUUGUAGAAAAUUGGAUGAUGAUUCUAAAAAUACUUGCAAGUGUAUGAAAUGUCUUCCCCAGCAAAAUAGAUAUUACUGCUCAUGUUUUGAUUUGAUUUGUAAAGACUUGGACGAGAAAACGGAAAUAAUUCAAAAUGAACCCGUACCGCUAUUACAAAAACUACAAGAUCAGAAUCAGUUAAAACCUAGUAAAAACAAACCAAAACGAAAAGUACUAGGCGAUGUUUGCGACAUAUGCAGAGAAAAGAAAUGCAAUUGUGCCUUUAAAUCUAGACCAAAAAUAGGAAGAUCACCGCCAACAUAG